AUGUCAGCCUCGAGCUCACCGAAGCACUCCUUUGAGUCGGAGGAGCGUCUUGAGUCGACCCAGGACAUUCCAAAAGGCCCGGACAGCGGCCAGCGAUCCAGUAUCUCGUUUGAAACAAAGCCCAGGCAGCACAGCCCGCGGCGACGGUCGAUCCAAUUCAGCGUGGGCGCCGCGGAAGCACAGCUGCCGACUCGCUCGCAGAGCAUCAAGGAGAAGCGACUUUCAUAUGCAGACGCUCAACCCAGGGAACUAGAGAUAGAACGAGAGCCUCGGGCUCUGUCGACAACUCGUGGCCUGUCGCCGCCGCCGCCGAAGACUUAUGAGCGCGGCGUUUCAUUUAACACCUUUGAUAAUCGUGAUGCGGCGGAUUUCACUCUGACGCUCAAUUAUAAGCAUAAGGGGUACCAGAGUACUCGUCGGAGUCGGACGUUCCUGUGCGGCACGGACCAGAAUGAUUACUCAGAGUUUGCACUGGAGUGGCUGAUAGACGAGCUGGUUGAUGAUGGCGACGAGAUUGUCUGUCUGCGCGCGGUGGAGAAGGACUCGCGCAUGGCGAGCGAUGCCGGUAUCGAAGAAGGGAAAUACCGCCAGGAAGCCGAGAGGCUGUUCGAACAGGUGAUCCAGAAGAACAGCCAGGAUGAAAAAGCCAUCAGUUUAGUUUUGGAACUGGUGGUGGGGAAGGUAGAGGAGAUCAUCCAGCGCAUGAUCCGCAUAUAUGAACCAGUGAUGCUCAUAGUCGGCACCCGAGGACGCAAUCUAAAGGGCGUCCACAGUCUUCUCCCAGGAUCGGUCUCUAAGUACUGCCUGCAGCAGUCACCUAUUCCCGUGAUUGUGGUUCGGCCGUCGCCCAAGCGUGAGAAGAAAAAGAAAAAGCGGCGCGCGGACCCAACCCGACGAAGCUACAACCAUAUACUGGAGCUGAGUGAGCAACGUGGUAGUCGCAUCUUCGACGCUAGCUCUAGCACUGAGAGUAACAUCUCCAAGCUCCCGGACGAAGAGGCUGCUGUCGCGGAGGCACUGGGCCUGCCUGCCUCUUACUCACGUGCCAAUUCUCGCAGCUCCCUAUCGGUAUCAGACCGCAGCAGCAUUAGCAUCGACGAGUCCGACUCCCCUUCUCCAAUUCUGCAAUCAUUGGACACCGUAAUUAUGAAGAGCCCACUGAAUGGGAGUCCGGCCAGCUCCGAGGAGAGUGUAGUCGUUAGCGAAGGGACUCAGAGAGCAUCAUCGCCAGCGCCCCCGCUUCGAUCCUUGUCGCCCGACGAAGACUCUCUCGAUGAAGUCGAGGAAUUGUCCGACGAGGAUGACAUGGCCGAUUCCAAUUCUGAGGCAUCUGAUGCAACUGCGAAGCGUGUUUCGAUUCCUGUGAUCGAAGUAUCCAACGACAACGAGAAGCAUAGCAAGCCUAAAGACGACUGA